CCAGGAAAUAAAUGUCAUCACAGAAUAAUGUGUUGAACAACUUCAGUCCAAAUUAUAUUCAACGAUUUCAAGGCACACAACAAAUAUCAGCAAAAGGAUUAUCUAUUGGUAUAAAUAACAUCGUAACGCGACUAUCCCUGGAUUUAAACACUGAAGAUGUCAAUGAAGAACGUCACUCAGAUGAUAGAAAAAGAAAAGCAAAGAGCAGCUCCUCACGAGUAUUGGCGAAGUGAAAAGAAUCAGAGCAAUGAGAAUAAGGAUUCUGAGGAGGUAUCGGUUUUCGACAAUUGUUUAACUGACACCGAGGCCACACUCUCUUUCAUUGAUCUAAAUUCUGAGAGCACCGAUCUACACAAAGAGAAUAAGCAUUCUGAUCAGACGAAAGAUAUUGAAGAGGAUUCUGACAACAUUGCAAGUGGAAGCACUUAUUUUGACGAUUUAGACGAAACAGACUAUUUUGACAGUGAAGAUGAAUACUGGGAUACACUCAGAGACAAGGACAUUAAAGAAGAGAUUUGUCAACAUUGUCAAUCGUAUCAUCUGCCACGGAGCAUCCAAGAUGAAGCAUUAUGCCCUUUUGAGGAAGUUUAUGAUCAGUACCAAGCGUUUACACCAGCUGUACAACGAUUUGCCAAAGAAAACGACUUUGAAAUUCACGACGUGUAUGGGGAUGAAAACUGUCUGUUCCGUGCAGUAGCAGAUCAGUUUAUGGUCAACGGAUGCCCUGGACACACAGAGAUGUCGUUACGAGAGACAGUGAUAAAAUGCCUGAGAAAAAAUUCAGAAAAAUACGGUGUACAUCGUUCAGCUUUUUUAUCAGAGGAAAUAUGGGAAGCUUAUCUCCACAAAAUGAAGAAAACGAGAGAACGGUUAAAUCGUACUUUCAUGCAGGUGUUGGCUGACGUUUUUAUGCUGGAUAUCAGUAUCUAUAGUGGCUUCGACGACAGAGUCCAAUAUUCAUGUAUUACUGUGGAACCUGCUGAAAAGAUGAAAACAGUUUCCAUUUUCCUCGGUCAGAUUGGAGAAUUUCAUAUUUUUAGUUUUCGUCCUUUGCAAUGGAUGAGAGAAUUGCCUUAUAAAGCUCUGAUAUUUCGAAUGCUGGCGAUUUGCACAGAGAAACCCCUUGAUGAGAGAAGAAAUCUUGUGGAUAGAAAGGUUGCAAUUAUGUCACCAGGACAUUUUCCGAAAUCCAAUUUAGCUGAGAAUGUUCAGUUUGUCCUACAGAGUAUUUCUUUACAAGAAGAGUCAAGAUAUUUACCUUCUUCAGAACAUUCCGAAUGCAAGAGGAUUUUCAAAUCUUAUAAUGGACGUGAUUUAGAGCUGGAAGAAGUUGCAGAUAUUCGAAGUAGAUUAAUUGAAGAUCAGUCACGGGUUGACUCUUUGUCUGGGAUACCCUUGCCUUACUUGGGUUUUAUCAUGAAACUUAUUUUCCCGUACAAAAUGUUCGACGGUGAAAUUGCCCGAUAUUCUUUGCUGAGGAUCGGUGAAAUACAUUUUCAUUAUUUGGGUUCCUCUGCAGACCAAAGUUGUUUAACAUUGCGCGAUGUAAGUCGCACUCAGAAGAUGCACAAACUGGAAAUAGACCGGAAGAAAAAGUCAAGUUAUUGCAGAGUUGUCGUUCUUAAAAGGGACAUCGAAGCAAUAUAUGACAAUGAUUCUCUAGAUGAUUACACUGGAGCAAGACAUGUGAUUGUUGACACCUCAAAUUCAUACCCUGGAUUCUGUAGGCUAAGACUCUCGUCAUCCUCUUUAAUUAGUGCUAAUGAGAACGUUGCCAAAAUUGGUUCUGUCAUGUAUCAAAAGGCAUUCAGAAUUACUGCCAAAUUACGUUCAGAUGUAGAUGUAAAGUACGGCAGAAAAGUCGAAUGUAUUGGGGUGCCAUGUUAUGCAUUUCCAUUCAUGCAUCGUUGGACCAAAAAAAGAUAUGAUUUCCCUUCUAGAGAAGUCAUUUCUUCUACCAUCGAAUUCGGUUGCACUUUGAUUCCAAAACCUCACCCAAAAUGCACGUGUCCUGAUCUUGAAUGGCAAUUUAAUUUCUCAAUGGCCGAACACUUAUUAUUCAAGAGUUUAACAACUUCACAGCGACAUGGUUUUUUCGUCCUUAAGUUACUACUUAGCAAUAUGGUGCAUCAUACACCAUUCAAAACAAAACAUCUUAAAUCUGUAUUUUUUAUGGCUUGUGAAGAAAUGCAUGUUGAUGUUUGGGAAACAAAUUUCAGUGGAUGUGUACUGUAUGUGCUGAGCUCAUUAUUGUCAUGCUUAAAGGCAAAGUUUCUCCCUCAUUAUUUCAUUCCAGAGAACAAUCUUCUUGACUGUUGUAAAGAAGACGACAUUAGCACCAUGUCUACUAUUGUCGAGUACAUUCGUCUUUUCCCUACUAGUGUCAUUGAAUUAAUUGCAGAGAAAUAUGGAUUUACGUAUGGAGCAAAUUUGAUUAAAAGUGUCUUGUCAAAAGAAAACUAUUCUGCCGAUAGGCAAGACUUUCAAGCAGGACUAGAUGAAUUAUUUGGGCAACUCACAAUUAAAACAGCAAAAGUUAUUGCUAAAAUGGGAUUCUACAACAUAUCACUUGAUAUUCUUCAGGACCGGUUUGAGCAAACUCUUUUGGGUCUACAAACAGGUUUGAGACAAGCAUCAUUUAGUUUUUGCGAUUUUUUCGUUUCGGCUUUGAUGGAAAUAAGACAAAAAUCCUCUCGCGUCAACCUGGCGCGUACUUUUGACAUGAGGAUAGGAACAAAUAUAUCAGCUAUGGUUUUAGAGAAACAACAAGUAACACUGCAAACAUAUCUGCCUUGGACGGUUGACCCAAGAUUAGACUGGAUCAAAGUACCAUGUACCAAUAGCACAGAUUUUACUUCUAUAGCAAGUUUUUUGUAUGAUAUUAGUAAGAGGGAAUAUUGGAGGCGAAAUACAGUACUUGCUGAGCUUGCCAUCACAACAGCGAUUCAAUGUAUUCAAGAAACGUUGAAGCAAAACUCAGGCUCCAGAACAAAUGAAGAUGUUCAAAACCCAAUUUUAAAGAGGAACCUGAUCUUGUUUUACAUGCAUGUGUACAGCAUUUCGCGGUUGAAUUUUUUUAUUUAUCCUUUGAUAUACCAUAUGGACGAAAUAGAAGAACUUUGCACCGAAUUUCCAGAAAUAGCUGGAAUGAUUUAUUCAAUGUAUAUGUAUACACGACAACCUGCCAAAGCCGAAGAAUAUUCCAAAAAGUUUGAGGCUUACGUAUUUGGUAGGAGUAAAUGCAAAAUACGUUUCAAAUACAUUGUAUAAUUGAGCAAAGUCAACUUAUUAAUAACAAGUACAUUUUGUACACUCAUAAUAAAUGUCAACCUUAAACCUCUAAACAUUUUUGAGCUGCAUUAAUUAAUCGUGUUAUUUUUUUCUUUUUCAGAUCACAUUUCAGAAACUCGCUACUCUAUGGACUGAGACUAAAGUGUGCAACAGAAUACUGUUUAUAUAAAAAAAAAUAUCAUAACAUUUACGGCACUGUUCGUGUUCUGUAGAAUUCGUCUGUCAUUUGAUUUUCAGUUUGAGGAUUCCUUGUUUUCGCGAUAUUAUGGCCUUUGUACAUCAUUUGAUUGGUUUGAAAUUUUCUUUACCUAUGUGCAACUAACAGGCAAACUGGGUUCCUAUCUAUAGGGAUAUUGGGAAAAUUUAUUAAAUCUAAACCCAACUAACUGGAGUUCCUGGAAUGCUUUAUAGUUCAGUUAGUAAAAAUGCAUAUAUUUACUUGAUUUGAAGAACUUUAUACGUGAAUUGAGCAUAUCAUUUUCAGAUAGUGUACCUUUCCUCCAGCAGUCCAAUACUUGUCUAGAAAAUUAAAUACUACUCAGCUUUUCCAAACUAAACCAUAUAAGUAUUUAGUCUCAAAAUUAUAAUUGAUUGGUUAAAGCAAUAAACAGUACUUCUUGCAUUGUAUUUACCAAAUUAUGUCUUGAACAGAUGUUGAAUGCAUGAGAAAUAAGGUUUUAUUCUUGAUACAUGUACCAAGAAUUUUAUAAAUUUAAGGUAGUUUGUUUAGAAAGGUCUUUGAUAUAAAAUUGAUUAAUAUAUUGAUUUUAACAUGUUUAGCAGAACCCAAUGAAACGUUUCAAAUCUCCGAAAAGUUAAAAUUUCGCGCAAUAAAAAGUUAAAUAUAUUGAUCAAGUAUAUUGAUUUUAAUUUUAAAUUGAAUGAUUUUUAACAUUCUCCCCUUCAGAAACUCUUACUUAUGAAAAAAAAUUCCCGAAAAACUUCUUAUUAUUGAUUUUAGAUAAAAAAAAUUCUUUAUGAACGUUGUGCAUUUCAUUAAUUAACUAAUAAUCAACAUAUUCAUAGCCAAAACCAUGUUUAUCUAACUAUGACGCGAAGUUUAUUUGCCAAAUUCGAGGUUAAAUCAUUUUUAAAUUUAAUUCCAGGAAAAUAUGAAUCCCAAUGAAUAGGACAGUGAUAUUCUAAGAUUUAAAGUAUGUAAACCAGAUGUUCUUCCGUCGCACGCUUUUUACAGAUAUCCGGAUAAUUCGAUCAAGUGUGAUACAGAAACGAAGGCUUUGGUAUCCCUGUUUCUGGCAUUUGAGUUGAUUGCGCGUUCUCUCGCAGUCAUAGAGACUAGGGCAGGUUUUUUCACAGGCACAUACAUUCCCAUUUUUUAACAAAAUAAAAGUUAAACCUCUUGUGCGUUCUUUUGAUUUAUUUUCAUUGCACUGAAAUUCGAUUAAACUUAAGAUAAGAUAUCACUGUAUGAGUCUAGGAAGGGUAAAUAAGCUGUAACGUUAAAUCAAUAUAGUUUUCGCGAAAGGUUUUUAAGUACCCAUUGAUUGUCUUAUUUGGAAAUCAAAUAAAAAAAUAUGAAAGAGAAUAUAAAAAAAACA